AUGAUAGAAUCUUCUAACAAAGGUGUCCGUAGGGUCCUGCUGGAAGGAGACAUUGUCCCCAAAACAUUUCGCAGUGUCACAAAAUGCACAAACUGUUUGUGGGAUAUAUCUGCGAGUGGGAUGGUGAAUGUCCCCUACGUUGUCUCCUCUACAUACUCCGAUACGGAGAAAUGGCUGAUCGACGACGCCUUGCAAGAAUUUGAAACGAUGACCUGUAUGAAGUUUGUCAACAGAAGCACGGAAGCCGACUACCUUUAUCUAGACUCUCUAAAAGGAUGUUAUUCAUACGUUGCAAGGACUGGUGGAAAACAGAUUGUCAGCCUGGACAAGGCUGGCUGCAUGACCACUGGGAUAAUUCAGCAUGAAAUCUUGCACGCACUUGGCUUCUACCACGAGCACACCCGGAGUGAUCGAGCCGAUUACGUGACUAUCACAGAGGAGAACAUCCUUCCAGGUCACUUAAACAAUUUCAUCAAGCAAGAUACCAACAAUCUGGACCUUGCUUAUGAUUACAGCUCUAUCAUGCAUUUCCAUAAGUAUACAUUCACAAACACACCGGGAAAAGCUACGAUCGUCCCAAAGCCUGACCCAAAGGUGCCUAUUGGACAGAAGCUUGGAAUGGGUUCCUUGGAUGUGGUUAAGAUCAACAAGGCUUAUAACUGCAACCUUUGUCGGAAGAAACUCACAAAUCAUUCAGGAACGUUUUCUGCAGACAGUAAUAACCUAGUAAAAGGUGAUAACAGCUGUCUAUGGCUGAUUGAAAUUCCGGAUUACAAGAUCUAUCUAGAGAUAGAGCUAUCUGUGGCUUCUGGAUGCCACAAAAUUGCUCGUGCUUUUGAUGGAGGGAAUAAACAGGAACCUGACCUCCUGGCAAAUAGCUGUGGAGGAGAACCCAUCCCACCUCUCAUAUCUUCUGGCAACCUAAUGCUGCUGGAGCUUGUGAGCCUUCGACCCCCUGUUGAAGGCUUAUCUUUUUCUGCUUCCUACCAUACAGGUAUAAGACCUCUCCGCCACAAGCGCGACCCUCCAGCGGUCUGUGUUGUGCCUACUUGUGUGGUGGUCAAUAUCCCGCCACUUAACAGUGGUGAAGCCCUUCCUGAGAAGAUAUCCCUCAAUUUCCCCAUCUUUGACAUGGAGAGAUCGACAAGCUGUUCACAUGAUUAUGUUAACGUUACGGAUGGUUCAACCACGGAUGGAGCUCUUCUGGGCACAUAUUGUGGCACGGUCUCUAAGACUGUCACGGUGGAGUCUUUAACGAAUGUGCUGAUACUUCACUUCCACAGCGGUGAGCAGGUGAAUAACAUCGGUUUCAAGGCAUCGUGGCGUUUUGGGUGA